UUUAACGAUUACUCAUCAUACACUAAAACCUUCGUUUCCUCCGCAGAACCAUCCCGAUUGGCCAGUUUGGACUUCAGUUCGAUUCAAAUACCAUCGGCUGUUGCUUCCAACAGCACCAGCACCAGCAGUGGCAGUGGCAGUGGAAAUUCCGGACUUUUGAACAACAAUCGACCCUCGCCUACCGUGGCCCCCGAAGAUGACCCGGCCGUGGUGCGGGAAAUGUUCCUCUCGAACCCAGAUCAACUGGCACUGCUCAAGCAGAACAAUCCACGCUUGGCAGAAGCUUUGCUCUCCGGAAAUUUGGAAACAUUCGCCACGGUUCUGCGGAAACAGAUUCAGGAACGCAUGGAAAAACAACAGCAACGGUUGAGAAUCCUCCAGGCGAGCCCGUUCGAUGCCGAAGCUCAGCGGCUGAUCGCCGAGGAGAUCAAGCAGAAGAACAUCGAAGCCAACAUGGAAGCAGCCAUGGAGUACAAUCCGGAAACGUUCGGUACGGUUGUGAUGCUGUACAUCAACUGCCGGGUCAAUGGCCACCCGGUGAAGGCCUUCAUCGAUUCGGGAGCUCAGGCCACCAUCAUGAGCGCUGCUGCGGCGGAACGGUGCAACAUCAUGCGCCUGGUGGACACCAGAUGGGCCGGUAUUGCCAAGGGUGUCGGAGUGCAGAAGAUCAUCGGCCGCAUCCACAUGGUACAGAUUCAGAUUGAAAACGAUUUCCUCACGUCGAGCUUUUCCGUACUGGAGGAGCAACCGAUGGACAUGCUUUUGGGAUUGGACAUGCUGAAAAGACAUCAGUGCAACAUUGAUCUCAAACACAACUUGCUGAAAAUCGGUACGACCGGUACCGAGACGCGCUUUUUAGCGGAAGGAGAUCUGCCCGAAUGCGCCAGACUGACGGGAAGUCCCGAAGAAGAACAGAAGGCCCUUGCCGAAUCCGCCCGAAUUGCCGAGGAACUGGCCCUGAAGGAAGCGGUUGUGAAGAGUCAGCAAGAUCAAGAAAAUUCCAACCAAGAGGAAAAACCAUCCGGAAGCAUUUCGCAGUUGAAGCGGCGACGAUCCCCCUCGACCAGCGGUACCAGCAGUGGAAACAACAACACCGGCAGCGGAAACAGUAGCAACAACUCGCCAACGUCUUCGGGACAACAACCACCACAGCAGCCUCAGCAAACGGCCGAAGAAGACGUUCCCCUGGUGUUGCUGCCAACGGACCAAUUCUCCGAGAUGGAUGUGGUUGAGCUGGAAUCGAUGGGUUUCAGUCGGCAGAUGGUGAUUGGCGAGCUGAGGGCUGCCAACGGUGACAAAACAAAGGCCACUUCCGGACUGUUCGCUAAGCUAGGAUAAGGGGAAAAGUGUUGCAGCGGGCAGACUUUAGGUUUCUAUCUUAAGAAACGGACACGACCAUCUAGCACGGCAUUCUGCAUGCAAAUAAUUUAUCGGAUGCGAUGGGUGUCGGUCGUACUAUUUUUUUCUUUAGAGAGGUGCAUUUCUUAACUGUUUCACAAAGAAAAACAAUCAUUUUUUUCCUCUUCAAAUAAAACGUAUGACGUAAUUCUCACUCGCGAAAGAUUUCUUGUUUCCUUGAUUUUUUUUUGUAAUGGGGAGGGUGAUUUCGAACAAAUGAGUUUAUUCAUAAGAAACAAAACUGAUAGUGACUAAAAGUGAAAAUUUGAAUUUCUAAAACAGAUUAUUUACAAUGAAUGUGGCUGAAGUGGGGGCGAUAUUGCACUGACAUCAUUGAGGGUGACCUAACGAAUAAAUGCAUUGAAACAACAA